GGGGGCGAGUGAGACGCUCUGCGCAUGCGCGCACGACACCCCUCCCGCUAUUUCUAUGGCAACAGUAAUCAACAGGCCCACUUGCGGUUUGGGUCCCAGCGUGCAGCUCGGCGGCGGGGUCUCGCGCUGAUUCCCCACGUCCAGUAGUGUCAUCGGCGGGCACAGUGAGGGGUGCUGGCUGGAGCGGUCCGCCGGGAGACUGAGGGCGCCUCAGGCGUUAGCAUUAGCUGCGUCUUCGCUUCGGGCCCUCGGCUGUGAGCGACCCCGGGGCUUGAGAGGCCCCCCCGGCUAGGACUGAGGCAGCAUGAGCGUGGCGGAGGUGGAGGAGCUCGUCUCACAGAAAUACGAGAUCAAGAAGCGCCUGGGCAAGGGGGUGAGCGCGGCCGAUGCACCCCGGGGCCUAUGGAAUUGUGUGGAAAGCAAUUGAUCGCAGGACAGGAGAAAUAGUUGCUGUCAAGAAGAUCUUUGAUGCUUUUAGGAACAGAACAGAUGCUCAGAGAACAUUCCGGGAAAUUAUGUUCCUGCAGGAAUUUGGAGAACAUCCAAAUAUCAUCAAGCUGCUUAAUGUCAUCCGAGCUCAGAAUGACAGGGAUAUUUACCUGGUUUUCGAAUCUAUGGAGACAGAUUUACAUGCUGUGAUCAAGAAGGGGAAUUUGCUGAAAGACAUCCACAAGUGUUACAUCCUCUACCAACUCCUGAAGGCCACCAAAUUUAUCCACUCAGGGAAUGUCAUUCACCGGGACCAGAAGCCCUCAAAUAUCCUGCUGGAUGCAGACUGCUUUGUUAAGCUCUGCGAUUUUGGACUGGCUCGCUCCCUGUGUCAGAUCCAUGAGGACCAAGGUAGCCCUGCACUGACAGAGUAUGUGGCAACACGCUGGUACCGAGCCCCUGAGAUCUUGCUUUCCUCUCAUAGCUACACAAAGGGUGUGGACAUGUGGAGUAUUGGCUGUAUUCUGGGGGAGAUGCUGCUAGGAAAACCUCUUUUUCCUGGAACAUCCACAGUGAAUCAGAUAGAGCAGAUCUUGAGUGUCAUUCCUGCCCCAUCCCAGGAAGGCAGACAGGGUGGUGUGAGGAAGGAGAGAGGACUGGAGUUUGGAGGUGUGUUGCUGAGAAUUGAAAGACCAGAGAACUGGAGGAAAGGAGACCCUGCCCCAGCAGGGCAGGGAGACUCCCUUCCCCAGCAUCAAGGACCAAGGGUAACCCUACCCAAGGGGAAAAAAGAUAUUUUAGCUAUCCAUUCAGACUACAGAGCCUCUGUUAUUAACCGCAUAAGCUCCAGACGACGAGUGACAAUUGAGGAAAUUUUACCCUCCUCUACUCCCCCUCAUGCCUUGGACCUUCUAAAGAGGCUCUUAGUAUUUAACCCUGAUAAACGGCUGACCGCAGAAGAGGCCCUGCAACAUCCUUAUGUGAAAAGGUUCCACUGCCCCGCCAAGGAGCCCUCUCUGGACUACGAUGUGAUUCUUCCUUUAGAUGACGAUAUCCAGCUGUCUGUGGCAGAAUAUCGGAAUAAACUGUAUGAGAUGAUUCUGGAAAGGAAGGCAAAUAACCGUCAACAGAAACAAAUCCAGAGAGAGAAUCUUCAACCAGGUCCAUCUCAGUUCAAACCAUCUCUUCCAAACGCCAGCUCUGUGCCUUUAUCUACCAUCAGGGAUCAAAAAGAGCCAAGACCCACUCUUAUGAAAAGCUCACAUGUGCCUGCAGGGCCUACAAUACUUGGUGAAGUUUCCAGCCAGAGAGAGGGUUUAGCAGGAACUCUCUGCCAGAGACCUAAAAUCAACAUGCUUUACAACCCCAUAACGCACACCACUGUUCAGAAUAGCCUGGGUUCUGUUGUAAUGGCCAGGAACCAUUCAGCACCACUCCCUCAGCAUCAGAGACCAUCCUCCAUCAAUAGGAAACAGGGGAGACAGAUCACAUGGGUGAAUAUGAGUGCUCAACCACCUGCAACGAGCGUACAGAAUCCCUAUAAUGAUCAGCAAGUGCCAAAAGGUCCAGACUCUCAAGGUCAGUCCGUAUCCAACCAGAGAUCGUUUUCACUAUCCGGUCAGGCACAGGAAGCUGCUAUCCAUAAUCACCUGACCAGGAAGGACUCUCCCAUGAUGGUUGGGGUGACAGCAGCUAGUACCAGACAAAAUCCAAGGAACCCACAGUUUCCCAGCAGGGAUGCGCACCCUCUUCUGAAGUCCAGUAAAAAGAUGUUUCAGGUCACAGCAAAUAUGGGAGCUGCUGGAGAUCCCAAGGCAUCGAUGGGCAGUUACUCCCAGUCCUAUGGGACCAUCUGUAAAUCUGCACUCCAGAAUCUUCCAAUAUCAAAUUCCUGCCAACAGGCACCAGCAUUGAAUACGCACCAGCACUGACCAAGUGGAGUACAGCCCAAUCCACCCAUCCACAGGCCCUGUAGGGAACAAACAGUUGGGGUACAACCCCACUCCCAGGCAUUUGGCAGGACCCCAAAUGCUAGAGAAGUGCUGCCUGCACUCACCAUAUGGGACCCAGUGCCACUUUCUCUGAGCAAGAUCCAAGAAUGGUCUGGCAUUCUGAUCCAUUUAACUUCUCAAGCCUGUGCAAAGCCACAAGGUAGGCACGGGACACAGCAUCAUUUGUUUCCAUACAAUGCUGUAGGCACAGUUUAUCUUAACAUACUAUUCCUUAUAUUCAGUAUCACUGAUAGCUACAGAAAGCUGCUUUAUUCUGCUACUGGCUUGUGGUGUUAGAUAUAUCCAGGCUGAUUUGUCCAUCUCUAUUGGCCUCAAUCUGUUUGUGUUCACUGAAUCCAAACUUUGGAGAGGAGCAGGUAACUAAGAAUAGACCAUUCUCUGAAGCCCAGGAAGACUAAAUUUACCAUGGAUAUCUUGAACUUCCUUCACUUUAUGUUCCCAGUAAUUCCCAUGUCCUUUUGGGGCACAAAAACGGUUAUUAACGUUCUCUCACUCCAAUAAAGUAGUUCCCUUUCUUUA